AGUCAGCGUGCUGUUGAGCAUAUAAAUCAGGCUCCUAGCCCUCACUCGACUGACUAGCAUGGCAAAUUAGUCACUGCAACACUCUCGCCCAGAACUGUUUUAUUUGUCUUGAUACCUCCCUCACUAUGGCGCCAGCCCAGACCCAAGACACACCAGAGAAUACUCAAAAGAGUUCUGAUCUCUUGGAGCGUUCCAAGGGUGAAUCAGUACUCACAGAUAAAGACCGAAAGGCCCUCGUCUUCACAGACAAGCACAGUUCUCCAGAUGUCUACGUCAACGCCAGCAAAGACACUCUGUGGCAUCCAUGGACAGGAACGCUAGAGCUCAAGCCUCUUCGGUUUGAAACGAGAUCUGGUAGUUUCGUCAUUGGACUGAGAACGCCUGUCGAUUGCUGGCUCGGAAAGCACAGGCAUCGAGGUACAGUCACAGCUGUUACACUUUCUGGAAAUUGGAGAUACAAGGAGUACGACUGGGUAGCUGGACCUGGGGACUAUGUUGUUGAAAACCCAGGCACUAUUCAUACGCUGUUUAUGGGUGCUGGCGCCGAGGUGGUGUUUACUAUUACCGGAAGCCUCGAGUUCUUUAAUGAUGAUGAUAGCUUGAGGGAGACAAUGGAUAUCUUUAGUUUCGCGGAGCUUUAUUAUGACCAUUGCAAAGAGAAAGGUGUCGAGCCAAACGAGAAACUAUGGUACUGAACAUCAACCUGGACUUUUGGGUCAAUUGGACGUUGUCAAUUUUCAGUUCAUAUCGCUAGCCAUUUCGAUAACCGUCCUUGUUACUGAUUCGAGGAAUAUACUUCUGGUUUAACAAAA